UUGUCACAUACUCCGUACAACAAUCGAAAAGUUGUGGAAGAACAUUUGGCAAAGCUUGAAUCCAACGAUCGGCGCAACAUACAGGCUCGAGCGCGAAUGCCGGAGCAGAGCAAGCCUGCAGUGGAUCUGAAGCGACCAAAGGUGAUGGGCAGUAGUUUGACGAAAGAGAAGCCUACUGCUGCUGCUGCCGGUGGUGCUAGUGGUACUUGUUCGGUGUUCCGCCGAGAACUUUCACGUAGUAGACGUGAGAAAGAUGGUGAUCUGAAGAAAACCCUGUCGCAUAUGGAGGAGAAAUUCACCAGUGCUUCAGAGGAACUUCAAGCAGCCGAAGAAGAACUGACGGAGCUGCGAGUUGCCCUGAGUAAUGCAAAAAGAACCAUCGAAGCACUGAGAAUCGAGAAUGCGGGACUGGUGGAGAAAAUCAAAACACUGACAGUGGAAACGCAAAAAUCAAAUACCUCAGCGAGGGAGCAACGCACAAGAGCGAAUGUCAUAUCGGAAAUGCACGGCGAGAAAGGAUCGAUUGUGAGGAAAGCCAUCCAGCGAUUCAAUGAUGAGAAUGAGGUACCAUCGGCACAAAGUUUACUUGAACAGAACAAAAAUAUGCGAAAAUUACUGGAUGAAAUCACUGAAGAAAAAAAACGCCUGGAAAUUGUCCAGGAGAACAGCAAAGCGGAAAUAGCCAGGAUCACGCUGGAAAAUAAUCAGCUCAAAUUGGCAAUUGAGUCGGAGCGUAAGGAAUGGGAUCAGAUGCAAAGCGAUUUGCUAGUUGCGGUAAAAGUAGCGAAUGAUUUUAAAAUGGAAGCACAACAAGAGAUGUCCAGAUUGUCCGAGAAAAUCAACGAGCUCCAGAAACGACGACAAAGCUCCGUAUUCAGCACUUCAGUAAUUGCUCUGUACGAAGAAAAACCGGAAACCUGGGAGGAUAAAGCAUGGCAACGACUAAUGCUUGGAUGUGAACGUGGUUCCCGUCGUAAUGCGCUUCUCCGUUGGUGCCAGCAAGCAGUGGCGAAAUUUCCAAGCAUCGAAAUCACGAAUUUUAGUAGUUGUUGGGCAGAUGGCCAAGCGCUUUGUUGCUUACUGGCAUCUUUUUAUCCAGAAAAGCUAAACGUUGAUUUGGCGCUCACUGUUGCGAGUGCAAUUGGCGAAAUUGAGGUGAAGAUCAGAGUAGCAGAUUUCAGGAAGGAAGAUCGACCGGAUUGGUCCUUGGUAAUGCGCUAUAUCCUCGGUUUGUAUUAUAUAAUCUCAGGCGGGGAGCGCUAAAA